CUUACCCAUUACCAUUACGAAGAAUACUGUGUCGUUUUGGAUAUAAUUUCUUUUCUAUAAAUACAAAUUAGAAGAAAAAAAUAAGUAAAUCACAAUGGCGGUGGAAAUUGGACGUAGCUCCGGCGGUGGCGGUGGCGGUGGCGAUAUCUGCCAUCUGCCGGAAGGUUGCAUAGCGAACGUACUAUCAUUGACGAGUCCGAGAGAUGCGAGUAGGUUAUCGGUGGUCGGUACGGUUUUCCGGUCGGCUGCUGAAUCUGACGCCGUUUGGGACCGGUUUUUGCCGUCGGAUUACCGUGAUAUUAUUUCCCGGUCUAGUGAUGGACCGGAAUCGAUCAAUGUCGGUUCUAAGAAAGAGCUUUAUCUCUAUCUAUGUGAUCAUCCUUUCUUCAUCGACGGUGGGACUAAGAGCUUCUCAUUGGAGAAGCACAGUGGAAAGAAAUGCUACAUGUUAGCUGCGAGGUCGCUAGCAAUUAUUUGGGCUGACACACCACGGUAUUGGAGAUGGAUCCCCCUUCCCGAGUCCAGGUUCCCAGAGGUUGCUGAGCUUCUUGACGUGUGCUGGUUUGAUAUUUCUGGCAAGAUAAACACCUCUAUGCUAUCCCCUGACACCAACUACGCAGCCUACUUUGUGUUCACAACGAAAUCCAGGACCUACGGUUUUGAUCACCAAAGUGCAGAGGGUGCAGUAGGGAUUUCAGGACAUGAAAGGAAACCACAGACAGUUUUCUUGGAUCCAGAGGCAGCACGUAGGCACAUGUACCAAAUCGUUCCAAGAAGAUCGGGACUGCUUAGCCAGAUGGCUGAUAUGCUGAGAGGGGGAGUGAAUCCUCCUCCUCCAGAAAACGAUGCACAAGCACGAUACCCACAACAGAGAAGUGACGGAUGGAUAGAAGUCGAGUUGGGAGAAUUCUUUGUCAAGAGAGGGCAAGACGUUGAACUCGAGAUAAGCUUGACAGAGGUGAAGGAAGGUAACUGGAAAAGUGGCUUAGUUGUUGAAGGGAUUGAAAUCAGGCCUAAGGAAGGGUAAUGAACUUGAUACUGAAAAGGUUCAUUUGGUGUCUGUGCUAAGCCAUUUUUCUAUUGAAAGUAGACUAAAAGCUACAGGGCCUAAAACCCUAUUGUCCCAUAUGUGGCUGGCUGGUGAGGUUUUGACAAAUUUGCACCAAAGUUUAUCAAGAAAUUGGAUCAUAUGGAGUGGUGUAAAAAAAUCUAGACAUGUAUAGUGUCUUAGCCAUUUUAGAGUUCUAUAUUUUGUUGUGAUUUGUUAUGUUUACUCUUCUUGUAUUUUGUUCAAUAGUUAUUUGUGUUUUGUGGAACUCAAAUGCUGCUUAAUAACUUUGUGGGUGAUACCAUACCCCAUAUGUUUUGCAUUGUGCUAGUAGACCAUAACUAUGUCGAUAUUUACUCAAUCAACGAGCCAACAAGGCUCAAGUCAUUGCUUACAUCAAA